GUUCAGUUUUUAAAAUAGACUUGGGGAGAAAAGGUAGAACCAGCCUUAUCAGUUGCCACCAUUCAUCAGCAUGUCAAAUUUCUCGUCAUGGUUCUUUCGCUUACGAUAUUCUUCCUCCAAGCUCUUUUAUCGCUACCGCACCCUCCACAAUAAAUACGAACCCACCGUCUUCAACAAUCACUCUUCCAGGAACGCACGCUCAACUUCUCUGCUUCCUUUCGCUCUUGCUCUUUCCGCUGGAUCAUUCGCUCUUCAUCCACACUUCAGUCCUUCCUUCUGCGACUCCGACAGAGGUGUGAAUGUCGGGGGCAAAGGUAGCACGCAAUACGUUGUUAAGGGAUCACAGAAGGAAUUUCCGCGGGAGCUUCUCGAGGAGUUGAAAAUCAUCUGUCAGGAUAACAUAUCAGUUGAUUAUGACGAAAGGUAUAUCCAUGGAAAACCACAAAACAGCUUUCACAAGGCUGUUAAUAUCCCAGAUGUGAUUGUUUAUCCAAGAUCUGAAGAAGAGGUAUCUAAGGUUGUCAACUUAUGUAACAUUCAUAAGGUUCCUAUUGUACCAUAUGGCGGUGCUACAUCAAUCGAGGGUCACACCUUAUCUCCUCAUGGAGGGGUUUGCAUUGACAUGUCAUUAAUGAAGACUGUGAAAGCAUUACAUGUUGAUGACAUGGAUGUUGUUGUUGAGCCUGGCAUUGGAUGGAUGGAGCUCAAUGAGUAUUUGGAACCUUAUGGACUAUUUUUUCCACUUGAUCCAGGUCCUGGUGCUAGCAUUGGAGGCAUGUGUGCUACACGUUGCUCUGGUUCAUUAGCUGUGAGGUAUGGAACUAUGCGUGAUAAUGUCAUCAGUCUCAAGGUGGUUCUUGCCAAUGGAGACAUUGUGAAGACUGCAUCACGUGCCAGGAAGAGUGCUGCGGGGUAUGACUUGACCCGCUUGAUGAUUGGAAGUGAAGGAACACUUGGUCUUAUAACAGAAGUAACCCUGCGGCUUCAGAAAAUUCCUCAGCAUUCAGUGGUUGCAAUGUGCAAUUUUCCCUCUGUGAAGGAUGCAGCAGAUGUUGCUAUUGCCACAAUGAGGUCUGGUGUACAGGUGUCAAGGGUAGAGCUAUUGGAUGAAGUUCAAGUGAAAGCUAUCAACAUUGCUAAUGGGAAAAAUUUGCCUGAAAGUCCAACCUUAAUGUUUGAAUUUAUAGGAACAGAGGCAUAUGCACGUGAGCAAACACAAAUUGUUCGGAAAAUUGUUUCUGAGCACAAUGGCUCAGAUUUUGUAUUUGCAGAAGAACCUGAAGCAAAAAAAGAACUUUGGAAGGUAAGGAAAGAGGCACUCUGGGCUUGCUUUGCAAUGGAACCUAAUCUGGAGGCAAUGAUUUCAGAUGUAUGUGUUCCUUUAUCUCACCUUGGUGAUUUAAUUUCAAGGUCUAAAAAGGAGCUGGAUGCUUCACCACUAGUUUGCACAGUAAUCGCUCAUGCCGGAGAUGGUAAUUUCCACACGGUUAUUCUAUUUGAUCCUAGCCAAGAAGAACAUCGACGGGAGGCAGAGAGACUCAACCAAUUUAUGGUUCAUGCUGCCUUGUCAUUGGAAGGAACUUGUACUGGUGAACACGGUGUUGGCACUGGAAAAAUGAAGUAUCUUGAAGAAGAACUCGGAGUAGAAGCAUUGAGGACAAUGAAAAAGAUAAAAUCAGUCCUGGAUCCCAACAAUAUCAUGAAUCCAGGAAAGCUAAUUCCUCCCCAUGUUUGUUUCUAGUAGUACCGUCCCUCCAAGAAGUAAGUUCGCAGUACACAAUCAACGAUAAAUUUUCAAAAUCAACGUAUUGCUGCUUCUAUCAUCAAGCCAUGUCCGUAGAAUGUAUUUUUUACCAUACAAGGCCAUGCUGCUCACCGUUAUUUUCUGGCCAUUUUUGGAGUUUCUGGCCUCGCGUAUCUCAGUAACUCUAUGUAAGAUGCUUAAUAAUACUCCCUCUUCUCAUUUCAUAUCAUAUGAUAUAUAUGGUUAUAACUUGUUGAGGAGUUGUUCCCAAUACCUACCGAGAAAGUAACCAUGCACAAUCAUUGUCCCCUUUCCAUUGACACAACUUCAUUUUUUUCAAAAAUGAAAUGAAGUCAAAUUUGAAUUUAAUUCGUAUAUUUUUCU